GUCUUUGGUUUUAUUCUCUUGUCUAUGCAUAGUUUUGUAUUGUACUGUUUUUUGACAAUUGUUUACGGACAUUUGGUUACGGGGUGGGGUAUGAACUGUCAAAGCACUGAAGGAUUUUUAUAAUUCUUGUAAAUAUGAUACAUUUUAGGAAUUAAUCUGAACAAUAUUUUGAGCAAAGAACCGCACUGAGCCUGAAAAUUUUACGAGGAAGCUUUAAUAAAAACUAAAGAUUGACUCUGUGUGGGGUUGGGCCUCUCCCCCUCUACGCCUGCAUCUCUUCCGCCCCCGCAGCAGGAUGGGGGAGAUGGUGCUUGGAGAGCGGCCUCCCUCGCCCGCCCGCCUGGCCCACACGUCGGAGAAGCACCCUCGGGGGAUCCUGACCGAGCUCAAUGUGUUGCGGAGGCAUCGAGAGCUAUGCGACGUGGUGCUCAAUGUUGGUUCCCGCAAAAUAUUUGCCCACAGGGUGAUUCUCUCCGCCUGCAGUCCGUAUUUCCGUGCCAUGUUCACGGGCGAACUGGCGGAGUCUCGGCAGACAGAAGUCACAAUCCGUGACAUCGAUGAAGUAGCGAUGGAGCUCCUUAUUGACUUCUGCUACACGUCUCACAUUGUGGUGGAGGAGGCGAAUGUACAGACACUUCUGCCGGCAGCAUGCUUAUUGCAACUGGCUGAAAUCCAAGAAAUAUGCUGUGAGUUCCUGAAGCGCCAGUUAGACCCGUCCAACUGCCUCGGCAUUCGUGCCUUUGCAGACACACAUUCGUGUCGGGAGCUACUUCGGAUAGCUGACAAGUUCACGCAACAUAAUUUUCAAGAGGUGAUGGAGAGCGAGGAGUUCCUGCUGCUGCCGGUCGGCCAGCUGGUCGACAUCAUCUCCAGCGACGAGCUGAACGUGCGCUCGGAGGAGCAGGUGUUCAGCGCCGUCAUGUCCUGGGUCAAGUACAACGUGACGGAGCGGCGGCAGCACCUGGCCCAGGUUUUGCAGCACGUGCGCCUGCCCCUGCUGAGCCCCAAGUUCCUGGUGGGCACGGUGGGCUCCGACCUGCUGGUGCGCAGCGAUGAGGCGUGCCGCGACCUGGUCGACGAGGCCAAGAACUACCUCCUGCUGCCCCAGGAGCGGCCGCUCAUGCAGGGCCCCAGGACCAGGCCCAGGAAGCCGACGCGGAGGGGCGAGGUCCUGUUCGCAGUGGGGGGAUGGUGCAGCGGUGAUGCCAUAGCCUCUGUGGAGAGGUUCGACCCGCAGUCCUCCGACUGGAAGAUGGUUGCACCAAUGAGCAAGCGACGCUGUGGCGUGGGUGUGGCGGUGUUGAACGACCUCCUGUAUGCAGUGGGUGGUCAUGAUGGCCAGUCGUACCUCAACAGUAUAGAGAGGUACGACCCGCAGACAAACCAGUGGUCGUGUGACGUAGCCCCCACCACAUCAUGUCGGACCAGUGUUGGUGUUGCGGUGCUUGAUGGAUUCCUGUACGCUGUUGGAGGUCAGGACGGAGUGCAGUGUCUCAACCACGUGGAAAGGUAUGAUCCGAAAGAGAACAAGUGGAGCAAAGUUGCGCCAAUGACAACACGUCGACUUGGUGUGGCGGUCGCAGUGCUGGGUGGAUACUUGUAUGCUAUCGGAGGCUCUGAUGGCCAGUGCCCCUUGAACACAGUGGAGCGGUACGACCCCAGGCAGAACAAGUGGUCGCCCGUGUCCCCCAUGUCGACGAGGCGCAAGCACCUGGGCUGUGCCGUGUUCAACAACUUGAUCUACGCCGUGGGGGGCCGCGACGACUGCAUGGAGCUGUCGAGCGCCGAGAGGUACAACCCCCACUCCAACACCUGGAGCCCCAUCGUGGCCAUGACUUCUCGCCGGAGCGGGGUCGGUCUGGCGGUUGUCAAUGGGCAGCUGUACGCAGUGGGCGGUUUUGACGGCACCGCGUACCUCAAGACGAUAGAAGUCUAUGACACGGACCAAAACCAAUGGAGGUUGUGCGGGUCUAUGAACUACCGCCGCCUGGGCGGAGGGGUGGGCGUCAUGCGUGCCCCGCAGACGGAGAACUACUUCUGUAAAAAGAAGAUCUCUCUAUGAAGCCUUCAUGCUAUGGUUUUGGUGUCAGCAUGUUACAAACUGACAUUAAGCCUCUCCAACAUGUCCCAAUUUGUGUGUACAGGAGAAGCAGUUUUUUUUUUUUUAAGUGGGUGGCUGCAGUGCUACCUUAUCACCUUCCAUGUUCUUUUAUUGUAAAUAAAUACAUCUUCAUGCUUGUAUCAUAAUUCCAUAAAACUUUUAAAGUGUAAUUUUAUCUACAUUGUAAAUUAAAUGUAAAGAGCUUCCUUA